AUUAUAUGAUCCCAAGCAUGCUCUUGGAUGUUUACUUUGUAAGUGUGCAGGAUGUAGAAUGGAUUAGUGCAAGGUGAAGAAGAUUAGGGGUCAACUGGAGUAUUGAGAGCUUGGACCAGUUUGGUACCAGCGGAAACGAAAAGGAAGGAGAGACUCUGCAGCGUUUAGCUCCUGAUUAGACGGAAGGGGAGCAUCAUGAAAUAGAGCAGCUGGGAGAACCUGACGUCAGCUUGGAGAAGAGCAGAAAUAAUGAGUUGACUCGGGUUACAAUCUUUUUACCGUCCUCGUAAUGAUCAAUCACCAUCAUCAGGAUUCCUACAAAGGGAUAACCGCGGUUUAAGAACUCGCCAGUGCACGCCAUUCCAUAACCGGCUGGCAUGUUAAUGCAUUUAAUUACAAAGUUUCCUGACGUUGCUUUGUAGCUAGAAAAAAAAAAAAAAGAAAAUCCCGUUCACCAUCAGACACCGUAAUUCACCGUACAUCCGCUGAGCACCCCGCGAUGGGAUCCCUAGGCCGGGCCGGGCCGGCCAGCACGGGGGUACACGCUGCGCAGUUCCCGCCGUCGACCACCAGGGGGCGAGCGGGAGCGCACGUCGCCCGCGUCCCCUCUCCCCUCCCCCCCCUGCGGCCUCCGCCCCGCGGCCCAGCUCCCGGGAGCGCGCACGCCCCGGAGCCCACGCGGACCGCGGGAGCUGCAGCCGCGCGCUCGGCCGGGGCGCGGGGGCCUCGGGGGACCCAGGCCAUGUGGAAGCUGCUGCCCGCCGCGGGCCCGGCCCGAGAACCAUUCAGACUUUUGACUGGUGUUGAAUACAUUGUUGGAAGGAAAAACUGUAGCAUUCUAAUCGAAGGCGAUCAGUCAAUCAGUCGAAGUCAUGCUGCCUUAACUGCUAACUUUUCUGUAACCAACCUGAGUCAAACAGAUGAAAUUCCUAUAUUGACGUUAAAAGAUAAUUCUAAGUAUGGUACCUUUGUUAAUGAGGAAAGAAUGCAGCAUGGCCUUUCUCAAGUUUUGAAGACAGGGGAUAGGGUUACUUUUGGAGUAUUUGAAAGUAAAUUCAGAGUAGAAUAUGAGCCUUUGGUUGCAUGCUCUUCUUGUUUAGAUGUUUCUGGGAAAACUGCUUUAAAUCAAGCUAUUUUGCAACUUGGAGGACUUACUGUAAACAAUUGGACAGAAGAAUGUACUCAUCUUGUCAUGAUAUCAGUCAAAGUUACCAUUAAAACAAUAUGUGCACUCAUUUGUGGACGUCCAAUUGUAAAGCCAGAAUAUUUUACUGAACUUCUUAAAGCAGUUAAGGCCAAUAAGCAGCCUCCACAAAUUGAAAGUUAUUACCCACCUAUUGAUGAACCAGCUAUUGGAAAUAAAAACAUUGAUCUGUCAGGACGACAGGAAAGAAAGCAAAUCUUCAGAGGGAAAAUGUUUGUAUUUCUAAAUGCCAAACAGUAUAAGAAGUUAAGUUCAGCAGUUAUUUUUGGAGGAGGAGAUGCUAGGUUGAUAACUGAAGAAAAUAAGGAAGAAUAUAGUUUCUUUUCAGCUCCUGGAAUUUGUGUUGUUGAUGUAGGAAUAACAAAUUCACAAACUCUAAUUCCUGACUCUCAGAAAAAAUGGAUUCAUUCAAUUAUGGAUAAGCUGCAAAGGCAGGGGCUUAGACCUAUUCCUGAAGCAGAAAUUGGAUUGGCAGUCAUUUUCAUGACUACAGAGAGUUACUGUAAUCCUCGGAGCCAGCCUGAUACAGCAUUGAAGAUGACUCCAGGGCCAGGCCUUUCCCAAGGCAUGUCAGUCAAUGAAAAACUAAUGUCAGGUGCCCCAAUGAAUACUACAACGUGUGUAGCUGACACGGAAUCAGAGCAAGCAGAUACAUGUAUGGAUUUGAGUGAAAGACCUAAAGAAAUCGAAAUCUCCAAAGUGGAACAAAAAUUCAGAAUGCCUUCACAAGAAACGUCCACUGUGAAGGACCCGCCCAGGAUAAGCUCUGAUGAUAGUAAAGCAGUAUCGAAUGCUCUGGUUAGGAUGAAAAUCCCAACCUGUCAGCUUUCACCGACUAAAUCCUCAGGUGUAAAUAAAAGUAGAGAUCACACUUCCCAGCAGCUGCAGACCAACUCCAUCAAAAAUUACUUUAAGCCUUCUAUCAAAAAAAGGGAAAGAGAUGAAGGAAAUCAAGAAAUUUCUUCAGCCAAAUCAGCAAGAGUAGAAAUGUCUUGUUCUCUUUUAGAACAAACACAAUCUUCUACACCCUCAGUAUGGGAAAAUAAGGAGCAGCAUCUAUCUCAGAAUAAGCCUCUGGAAAAGAAGCCAGAUAAUUUACUUACAGAUAGACAUUUCAAGUCCACUGUGAAAAAUCCUGCCAAUAAAUCUCUUUCUACAGAAAAAAGAAAGGAAAUUGAUGACUUUGCCAUAGAAGAUGAAGUAUUAGAUCAGUUAUUCAAGAACACAAAACCAGAGCUAGAAACUGGAGUGAAAGUUCAGAAACAAGAGGAAGAUGUCAAUAUUAGAAAAAGGCCAAGAUUGGAUAUAGAAACAAAUGGCACUUUUGUUGAAGCAAUACCGAAAACUAGUGAGAUAUCUCAAGAAAAUGAAAUUGAGAAGAAAUGUGAGCUCAAGAGUGAGUCACUGUGGUCAACGAAAGAAGAACUAUCUAUCAAAGAUGAACUUGAGGAUGAUGGUGAUAUGCUUCCAAGGAAGGUGUUACUGACUGAAUUUAGAUCACUGGUGGUUAAUAACUCUACGCCCAGAAACGCAUCCAGUGUAAAUAGUGAUUAUGGUCAACCAAAGAAUUUCAAGAAAUUCAAAAAGGUCACAUUUCCUGGAGCAGGAAAACUUCCACGCAUCAUUGGAGGAUCAGAUCUAGUAGCUCAUCAUGCUCGGAAGAAUACAGAAUUAGAAGAAUGGUUAAGGCAGGAAAUGGAGGUGCAAAACCAGCAUGCGAGAGAAGAGUCUCUUGCUGAUGAUCUCUUCAGAUACAAUCCAAAUGUAAAGAGGAGACGAUAACUGAGGAUUUUAUAAAGAAGUCACAGAAAAGCAUUUCCUAUCAAGCAUUUACUUCAAGAUUCCUCUGGGAUACAUUCAUUAAAUCUCUAGAAAGGAUUUAAAUUACAGAGGUUUUAUGGCCUAAAUUUGUUGAAUAAAAUGUACAGAACUCCA